CCGACGGCGACCGAGGAUUUAGAUUGUUUCUUUUUGUGAAGUGUGCUUGAUGCUUUAGAGAUAAAUUAAUACAACAAUAAAAUGUAAAGAAUUAAAUUUAAGGAAAAACAGAAAUGGGUCGGUCAAAAUUUCCCGGAAAACCAUCUAAACAUAUACAUAGAAAGAGGGUAAAUGUUCUUCCACCAACAGGGGAAAUAACCAACAUUGAAUAUAAUACUUCAGUGAUAGUUGGUUCUGUUGUAGAAAACAAACAGGAUGAAGACUUGACUGAAAGUGAUAGUGAAAGUGCACCCCCUGAAAAUGCUUUAAAAAAAAGUGUUUCAAUCCGAAGAAGACUGACUAGGAAGAGGAACUUAAAUUCCUCAUUAAGAAGUAAAAAUGUAACUAAACGAACAUUGUUAUCAAAAAUGUGCACUAAAAGUUCUGUAAAAACAAAAUUAAAAUCAACCUUGAAUCAAAAAGCAGUACAUACUUGUAAUGGAUCUUGUUGCAAUAAAGUCUCAAAAGAAUCCACUAAUCUUGUUGGAAAAUUUGUGUUGCCAACAAGAAGUGUUCAUUCUUCUAGGGUAAUAAAACCAAACAAAAGAUUUAUUAGUGAUAUCAAUGAAGCAGUAACUUUGAAAAAGAAGGUCUCAAUUGUUAAAAGACAUUGUGUCAAACAGGAAGAUGAUAAGUCUAAGUUUAUGGAAUCUGGCAGCUUAAAUGGUGAUAAAACAACUUUUACAAAUGGACAUAGGGUAGUAUUAAGACAAGCCAGGCUUAAAAUUCCCAAUCAGAUAGGAUUACAAGGCCCCUUUUCAACAAAACCUAAUUCAUCUCCAGGUGCAGUUACAUGUGGUGUAUGUGGAGCAAUUAGAUUUUACAGAUUUAUCAAGCAAGCUAGAAAGUUCAACAUUUAUAGCUGUGAAUCAUGUAGAAAAUUUAUUGCACGGAUGAUAAAAAGACAGGCAUGUGGAAAUGAGAAUAAUCAAAUAACUUUGGUAUGUAAUAAAGGACAAGGGAAUUGCCUUGUACCUCCAGUAAUAAGAAAUCAGCAAUGGAAGUUAAACAAGUGUACUUAUAGGGCAAAAUGCUCUGCUUGUUGGCUUAAAUUGUGUGUUCGAGCGUUUUACUUACCUCCCUCUCUAAAACAAGGCCUUAGUUUGAUGUUGCCAAAAUAUAUGCAAGGUUUGGAUGUUUCUUUAAAUAACACUCAAUCCCCAUCAUUGUGGCAAGCAAACGUGGAAACAAAAUUAGUAAUAGAAAAGCCACAAGAAGCAACCAUGAAGAGAAGGCCUGUGAGGUCCAAGAAUCCGAAAUCUCAAGUUAUAGCUGUUUCUUCUGGUACUAACUCUGAUAUUAAGAGACAGAAAAUUGAUUUAAAAGGGCCCAGAGUAAAACAUGUUUGUCGUAGUGCUUCAAUAGUAUUAGGUCAGCCAUUUGCCAUUUUUCCCGAAGGUGAGAAGAAAUGUGAUAAUCAGGAACAAGAAAAUGAUAUUAAAAUAGCUGACGAUAAGACAGCUAGUGAUAAAAGUGAAGUUAAAAGUACUGUUUCCUGUAAAAAUGAUUCAAUACCUAGUGAACCAGAGUCUAGUUGUAGUGAUGGUUCUUCUAAAAACUGUACCAGUGAAUCUGCGGACUUUACCAAGAGGGAAAAACUAUUGAGAAAUGUCUCCACUUUGCAAAGUUCUCUACAGCCCAAAACUGACAGGAAGAGGAAUCUCGUAGACCCACAAACAGCCAUACUAAUCGAUUUCUGGGAUGGAUUCGACCCAGAAGUAGUAUCUCAAUAUGGAUUUUGCAUUAUCGGAUCUGAGCGAUUUACCAUGCCAUCGAUAUGCUUUCUUUGUGGAAGCGCCGGAAAAGAAUCCAUGUUAUACUGCUCCAUUUGUUGCGAACCUUAUCAUAGUUUUUGCUUGGAGCAAUUUCAAACUGUACCUAUCGAUAAAGGCUUGAAGUAUUAUACAUGGAUAUGUCCUAAAUGUACGACAUGCAACGAAUGUAAUAAAGUUGACAGGCUAAAAGUUAACUGCCAGAAAUGUUUAAAAUCAUAUCACCCGGAAUGUUUUAAUUCUAAAUGGAAUAGCGAGGAUAAACCAUCGGUUUGUUCAAAAUGUGUGAAAUGCAAAAGUUGUGGAACACCAAACAUAACAAAAUUUGUUGGUAAUUUACCUUUAUGCAUGAGCUGUUUUAAAUCACGAAAAAUGGGAAGUUUUGCCCUAUUUGUCAACAUUGCUAUGACGAAAAUGAGUGUUGUUCAAAGAUGAUGGAAUGUGCAAAAUGCUGUAAGUGGGUCCAUGCGAAUUGUGAACAUUUGACUGAAGACCAGUAUCAAAUGUUGAGUGUUCUACCUAAAUCGGCAGAGUAUUUGUGUCCUUCAUGCUGUAAUUCGUCGGGAUCGAUUCCAAACUGGAAAAAAGCAAUAAUUCAUGAAAUGAAAGCCAGCUUUAUCCACAUUCUACGCCAGCUUAGUAAAAACAAAACUGCUAGAACUUUAUUAAAAUGGAGUCCGGUGCACGAUACAACUUCUUCGAAUAAAACCG